GGCGGAGCUCGGAGAGUUACGAGCGCGCUUCCCCAACGAGAGAGAGAGAAAGAAAGAGAGAGAGAGAGCAGCGCAGGGGAAGAGCGUGUUAACUGUCAGUUCGGAGGAGGACGGCGAAGAGCCUCCACCACGUUCGGUUUCUCUCUAUCCGCUUUUACGCACGCGUUGACAAGACAGACUAGAGAGCGCGCCUCUUUCCAAACAUCUUUAUCUCCCCUUUUUAACCCUACAACCUACUGCCACAUGGACUGUGUCGCCACCGUUUUGGGAAUAUAAUCACCACAUGGGCAUAUUUAUGUGCGGCGCUUUUGAAAUAAAGGAACGGAGGCGGCGAUGUUUUGACUAAGGGGAGUGAUUUGAUUCUUCUUACUUUAGACAGUUUUUUUUGUUUUUUUUUUUUUUACAAACUUGGACGCAUGUUUCCAUUUGGUAGUGGCCACGGAUACUUUUCACUCCUCUUGUGACUUCGCAUUUGCCUCACGUUGAUGACGAGAUCCCAAAGCGCAGUAUUAUUACGCACCACACAAAAAAAUGGAUUGUGGACACUGUGAAGAGAUCAUAUCCCGAGAGAAAAGACGCACGGCCACGCACUGACAACCGCAAACCGGCAUUUGAGCGUGGAUUCUUUUGGACGGUACGACCCGGUCUGCGGCGUAGAAGAGAGGAGGAAAGCGUGGGGACUAUCACCGUUUUAUUUAGUUCAACGCUUUGAGAUCAAAAGAUGGAUUUAUACACGUGGCUUUGCGUGUGUGCGCUCACACUUCUACCAGUUCUGGCUGUCACAGCGGAGGAAGCAGGUUCUGAGGCAUGUGGAGGCUACCUGGAUGCCACAGACGCAGGCUACAUCACCACCCCCGGCUACCCGCUGGAGUAUCCCCCCCAUCAGAAUUGCCGCUGGGUCAUCACAGCGCCAGAAAGUUCUCAGCGGAUUGUGCUCAACUUUAACCCGCACUUCGAAAUAGAGAAGCUGGAAUGCAGGUAUGACUAUGUCGAAAUCCACGACGGCAACUCUGAAUCAGCCGACUUAUUGGGAAAGCACUGCAGCAACAUUGCCCCAGCACCAAUCAUAUCAUCCGGACCCGCCCUCCACAUCAAGUUUGUGUCUGACUAUGCCCACCAGGGGGCUGGCUUCUCACUCCGCUACGAAAUUUUCAAAACUGGUUCAGACUGUUCCAGAAACUUCACAAGUCCCUCGGGUCUCAUCGAGUCUCCGGGGUUCCCUGACAAGUACCCCCACAACCUGGAGUGCUCCUUCAUCAUCGUUGUGCCCCCCAGCAUGGAUGUGAGCCUCACUUUCCUCACCUUUGACCUGGAGAAUGACCCCUUGCCUGGAGCAGAGGGGGACUGCAAAUACGACUGGUUGGAAGUUUGGGACGGGCUUCCUGGAGUGGGCCCACUCAUUGGCCGAUAUUGCGGGACCAUGGUACCACCGGAGAUCCAAUCAUCUACUGGGAUUCUCUCUCUUUCCUUCCACACUGACAUGGCUGUGGCGAAAGACGGCUUCUCGGCGCGGUACAACAUGACGCACAAGGAAGUCAGUGAAACGUUUCAUUGCAGUAAUGCUUUCGGCAUGGAAUCCGGCAAGAUCACCGAUGAACAGAUCACAGCUUCAUCAAGUUUUUAUGACGAAAACUGGCUGCCGCAUCAGGCCCGACUCAACUACAACAACAACGGAUGGACGCCGAAUGAGGACAGCAACAGAGAGUACAUACAGGUGGACCUCUACACGUUGAAGGUGAUCACAGGCAUCGCCAUGCAGGGCGCCAUUUCCAAGGAGACGCAAAAGUCAUACUUUGUGACUACUUUCAAGCUGGAGGUCAGCACCAAUGGCGAGGACUGGAUGGUUUACAGACACGGCAAGAAUCAUAAGGUUUUCCAUGCAAAUACGGAUGCCACAGAGGUGGUUCUCAAUCGCAUUCCGCAACCGGUACUGGCCCGCUUCGUGCGAAUCCGACCUCAAACAUGGAAGAAUGGCAUCGCACUGCGGUUUGAGCUUUACGGCUGUCAGAUUACAGACGCUCCGUGCUCAGAGCUACAAGGCAUGUUGUCUGGACUGCUGGCGGACUCGCAAAUCCUGGCGUCCUCCAUGAGGGACAUCCACGGCUCCAUGGGCGCCGCCAGGCUUGUGGCCAGUCGGUCAGGAUGGUUUCCCAACCCAACGCAGCCCAUCGCCGGAGAAGAAUGGUUGCAGGUGGAUCUCGGCGUGCCCAAGAUGGUGCGUGGCGUCAUCACGCAAGGUGCAAGAGGGCUGGAGGGCAGCACCAGUGCCGAGAACCGAGCUUUUGUCAGGAAAUAUAAACUGGCUCACAGUUUGACCGGAAAGGAGUGGACGUACAUCACGGACAGUAAGACGGGCUUUGCGAAGAUUUUUGAGGGAAACAGCCACUAUGAUACGCCAGAGGUGCGACGUUUUGAUGAGAUAAUAACCCAGUACAUCCGAAUUUUUCCCGAGAGGUGGUCGCCUGCUGGAAUUGGCAUGAGGAUGGAGGUCCUCGGUUGUGACCUGCCAGAAACAACCACCAUGCCUGACACAGCGACCCCUACGCUGCCCAGGGUGGAACAGUCCACUGCAGCACUGAGGCCUGCCACCACUCCGUCGCUGUGGGCCGUAUGUGACUUUGAACAGAGCCUGUGUGGCUGGUCUGCGGAUCCCCAAUCAGCUGUCAGCUGGUCCUUGCACAUCGCCGGGAGCAGCGCUGCCGGUCAUAGCCCACAUGAAACCAGGCUGGAUCUGACACUGGGAUCAGAGAAUUUCUCAGGAAACUACCUCCACCUGGACGCUGGGGCCCACACCCAGCGCAAGCGCGCGAGGCUCCUGAGCCCAGAGGUGGCCCCCGAGCAAGGCCCGCUUUGCCUGCUCUUUCACUAUCAGCUGCAAGGCGAGGCGCUCGGGAGCCUGAGGGUCCUUUUGAGGGACGACGACCAAGAGGAGACGCUGCUGUGGUCUUUAAAAGGAGAUCAGGGGCCUCAGUGGAGGGAGGGCCGCACCAUUCUGCCCCAAAGCCCCAAGGAAUAUCAGGUGGUGUUUGAAGGUUUUUUUGAGCAUCCAACCAGAGGCCACAUCCGAAUAGAUAACAUCCACCUGAGUAACACGAUCAACCUGGAGCAGUGUACACAGACUUUCCACCCCAUGACUCCUGACAUAACAAAUCCCAGGCCGAUGGAUUUCGGAAAAGAUCCUGACUUCAAUAAGCCCUCCAUGAAUGAAGAAUAUUUAUUUCCCAGCUGGCCCUCCUCCUUCUCCACCCCGGCCUCGGCCAACGCGGACCCCUCGUCCGUCACCCUGGUGUCCGAAAGGGACAAGGACAACACCUGGCUGUACACCCUUGACCCCAUCCUGCUCACCAUCAUCGUGAUGAGCUCACUGGGCGUCCUGCUGGGCGCCGUGUGUGCCGGACUGCUGCUCUACUGCACGUGCUCGUACGGCGGCCUCUCGUCGCGCUCCUCCACCACGCUGGAGAACUACAACUUUGAGCUGUACGACGGCAUCAAGCACAAGGUCAAGAUCAACCAGCAGAGGUGCUGCUCGGAAGCCUGAGACCAUAGAGCGGCCCCCUCUGCCACUCGCGUUUAGUACGGAUGAAGAAAUGUGACAAAGAAGUACUGUUUGUUUUUUUCUUGGCUAGGAUGUAUGUGCCGGGAAGAACUGCGAUUCGCUCUGAGGGUGUAAACCUCGGCGUCUACGGUCCCAAAUCUCCUCCGCCUGUAGGAGAGCGCCUGCUUGCUUCUGUUGAAUGAUUGAAGGGAUGAAAAUGACUGACAGAUGUAUCUUUGAACAAUCACCCACUGGAAAGAAGCGACGGAGAAGAUGGACGCCCUCACCUGCGACAAUCUGAAGAUUGAGACCUGAAACGGCAGGUUUUCCGACGGUGACGUGGCGUUCCAUCUGAGUGGGUACGCCAUGUCCUUAGUACCAAAUGAAGACACAAAACAAAGUCCAGCAAUGGAGAGUUGACAAAAGAGACGGACGGCAUGCUGAAAGCUAAAAGUGUAAACAUCUUUCCAAGUGGCCACUGAAAUCAACACAUAUCAAGCGAAUGCCUUUCUCCUAAAGAACUUUAACAAAUAUCCAAUGAAGAGACAUGACUUUAUAGGGAAAAUGUUUUUGGGGGAUUUUUUUUGUUUGGGGGGGGGGGUCACUUUUUCAGUAUGGGUUCUGUAUGUUUUAAAGAGUCCAUUAGCUUGCCGUAGGCUUGUUUCAUCCACCCUCGAUGUGCGCGUUGUGAAACCUGUGGCAUAGACGAGUAAUGGUGAGUGUUUUUGUUCCGUUUUAGGCUUGGAGGGAAAGGUUGCGUUUUUAAAGCAUCUUUCGACUUUAUUUUGCAUUGUGUUGGAAUUUCCUUGGUCUUAAUUUGGCACAUUUUCCCAUUGGCGUGAAACGGGAACAGGUGGAAAUCUAACAUGUUACGGAGUUGUGCUUUAGAUUCUAUAGUUUGUCUAUAUACUAUAUAUACAGUAUAUGUAUAUUUUUGUUUUUCCCAGACUGUAUGAUGACACUGUGUGAACUAAAUGUCAAUGAUGUUUUUUUUUUUUAUUGCAACCUAUGGAUUGCCAAAGAGCCGCGUGUCCGCGCAGGGGCGAUCGUUCGAUGCCCCGGCAGGCAAAGGAGCGUCAAAAAGAGGGGACGAGGAGGAAGAGAACGGAUCCCUUCUUGGACACACAAUUGAGCCUUAAGCUAAUUGCAGAAACCGCUGUAUCGGAGGACAGCCAUCAUGGAGGGCCAGUGCUGGGUGGGGGGGACGCAGAUGGACGUGAGGACGCUCACUCAUUGCAAGACAGAGAGAGACAGAGAGAUGAUGCCAUGUUUGCAUGCGGGAGAAGAAACAUUUGUCACUAAUUAGCCUUCACCCUCAUUCAAUCCUUCCUCGUCUUCUGAAAAGAAACGGAACAAUAGCUUAGCAAACGAUAGUCCUUCAUGUCAGAUUUCAAAGCGAUUGUUUACAGUUAUCCAUGCAUGAAAACAUAAUGAUACGAUGAGGCCCUAAAACAGUGACAGACCCACCCAUAAGUAUUGAAACCAACAAGGUCAAUUUCUUUGUUUUUGUGGCAUACUGAAGACUUUUUUUGAAGACUCCAAUCAAAAUGAAAAUGAUAAAUGUUCAGAAGUCCAGCUUAUCUAUGAUGAUAUUUAUGUCUAGAAGUGUUCCACAUCUCUGGACAGAGCACCUUUUAUUUGAGGCCAACCACUUUUCAAGUAAGCAGAAGUAUUGGAAUGGCCAUUAUGAAACAAACCGAGUGAAUGCCACCUAAAACCUCAAGUCUGCGACCCAGCGACUUCACCAGAUUGUUUCUUCAUUUGAAAAGCUUUUCCAGGCCUUUGCUGUAGCCUCUUUCAGUUCUUGUUGCUUCUGGGGGUUUAACCCUUCAGUCUACUCUUCAGGAGGUGAAAUACAUACUCUGUUGGGUUACGGUCAGGUGAUUGGCAUGGCCAGUCUAAGGCCUUACACGUUUUCCCUCUGAGGAAAUACUUUUGUUGUGUUUGCAGUAAGACCCCAAGAUACUUAGACAGAUCGACAGGCGGAUC